AUGGCAACAACAUUGGAACAUCUCUCUGUCGAAUUACUCUAUGAAAUAUUUAUUUACUUUCAAUUUCACGAAGUAUUCAAUAUUUUUUCGAAACUUAAUUCAAAAUUUGCGGCUAUUAUUCAUAAAACGCCAUUGAUGUCCGUUUACUUGGGUUUCAAUGGCAUGAGUAUAGCGCUAACCGAAUUUUAUUAUAGAUAUUUAUCACAGCCAAACAUUGAUAAUCGUCUUAUUUCAUUAGAUGUCUCAGAUACAUUAGCUAUUGAUAAUGGCUUAUGGUCAGCUGAAAAUGUAUCUACAUUUAUCAAUCUUCGUCAUCUAUUGGUCGUUAAAUGGGACCGGGGGAUAUUUGAGAAAAUUUUCUCACAAGUUUUUCAGAAGUAUUAUUUAUUAAAUACUGAUUAG